AUGGUUCGUUGUACAUUAAAACGUGCGAUUAAAGCGCUGAGUUUUUGUCUAAUUUUCGUCAUAAUUUGUACAUACUAUUCUUCUCAAUCUGUUCCAAAUAAAAAUUUUCUCCAACGAAAAUCUCUGUCAAUUUUCAUUCUCUCAUCAACGCGCUCGAAAACAAUUCAACGUAUUAGCCUCUUUUUCAACGAACUUCGCUUGAAUUACGUUGAAUAUCGAAGAAUUGAUGGACAUUUUUACGAAAACGUUAAGACUCUGUUACCAAGAUUCAUCAUUCUUGAUUAUCUUCCCGAUGAAAAUCUUCGUUCAUUUGCUAAUCAAUAUGAAAUUAAAUUAUUAAUCUUAUUGAAUGCGCAAUGUGCUGAUUGCACAAAAGUUUCUUAUUCGGAAAUGUUAUUUGAGAAUGUCAGUUAUCCAACAAUGGAUUUCAAUCGUGAUGAAUUGAAACCGGUGAUUCACACAACGAAAAGUCCAUUUCGACUCGUUCGAGAUAACAAGAUCAUUCAACUUUUACGACUUGACACAGUCUUGCCGUACUUUCACCAUCAACAAUUCGAUCGGAAAACCAAAUGUUUUGCCUUUCAGACAGCCGAAAAUCAUCUAACCGAUACGAUUGUUUAUGCGCAGAGUCGAACAUCUUCGGAAAAAUUGAAAUUAUUGUUCGAAGUCUACGAGAAACAACUAUAUUUAUCUGAAUGUCUCUUUGAUUAUUGGUUUAUCUGGCCGGUGAUGAUGGACAUAGUGCGAUAUUUAACUUCAAAUGAAUAUGAUUAUCAUGGAUUGAAACGAUAUGUACAAGUUGAUAUUGAUGAUAUCUUUCUAGGUGAUAAAUCAAAUGGUUAUUUAAUCUCGGAUGAUAUUCAAGCACUGAUUCGUUCACAAUUAUUUAUUCGGAAUUACAUUGAAAAUUUUCAAUAUCGAUUGGGAUUUUCGGGUUAUUACUAUUCGAAUUUAACGAAUGAACAAGCGAAUGAAGCAAAUCGUUUGUUAAUGAAGGAAAAAGAUCAAUUCACUUGGUUUCAUCAUACAUGGAAACAUGAAAAAUUAACAAAUGUUACCGAUAAAAUCUUCUUAAUCAGCUCAACGGAGACUAACAUGGCGUUUGCACAAAAACAUCAAUUGCCAUUAGAUGGAAACUAUGCUGUCGCACCUCAUCAUUCAGGAAUCUAUCCAAUUAACCAUAUUGUUUACGAUGUUUGGCAUCGUUUCUUCAAUUUCACUGUGACAAGUACAGAAAACUAUCCCUAUCAUUAUCAAUUACCAUCGGAUCGUCGUGGUUUCAUUUAUCAAAAUAUUUCUGUCUUACCGCGACAAUCGUGUGGAUUGUAUACAACUACGAGAAAUUACACAACGUAUCCAAAUGGUAGUCAUCGUUUAGAACGAAUUUUGAUGGGCGGCAGAGUAUUUCGAACGAUAUUAACAAAUCCUAUCUCGAUCUUUAUGUCACAUAAUGUGAACUACGGUCAUGAUCGUAUGGGUAAUUACGUUUUCGCUAAACUAGUUUAUUUAAUUUCCAAAUGGACGAACAUUCAAUGGUCCACGGAUUUACCGUCAUCAGAAUUAGCUCGGAAAUACUUUCACCAUUUUUAUCCCGACGAACAAAUGCCAAUGUUUACGAAUCCAUGUAAUGACCGUAUUCUUAUGAAUCUUUGGAAUGGAAAUGAUUCACUGUGCACAACUUUUCCUCAGUUCAUCAUUGUCGGUCCGCAAAAAACAGGCACGACUGCAUUGCAUGCUAUGCUGUCUCAACAUCCUGAUCUCCGUCCGUCACGAGCAAUUUCGACAACAUUCGAAGAAGUACAGUUCUUCAGCGAUAAUACGAUCUAUCUCAAUGGAAUCAACUGGUAUUUGAAUCAGUUUCAUUCCGGUGAACAAUCAAUGAACUUUGAGAAAUCUGCAACUUAUUUCGACUCGGUCAUCUCUAUCAAACGGUUGAAAGCUUUAUUACCAAACAUACGUUUAAUAAUGAUGUUAACCGAACCUGGCCAUCGUGCUUAUUCGCGAUAUCAACAUGAAAUUGCUCGAACAAAUCGAACGAUAACUUUUGAUGAACUUCUGAAGGUGAAACAUAAAGAAAACUUCGAGAAUUUUCGUUUGAAACAACGCUGCCUUCAACCAGGACAUUACGCUGAACAUGUUCGUAAUUGGUUAAAGUAUUUCUCAUCAAAACAAAUUUACAUCAUUGAUGGUGAAGCAUUUCGUCAAGAUCCGCGUCCCAUUCUGGAUGAUCUUCAACUGUCAUUUCUUCGACUAAAAACUUCUCGGAAAUCUUCACAGUUAGUCAGAUUCAAUCGCAAAAAAGGUUUCUUUUGUCCAAUUUCAUCCAAACAUCGUUUUCGAUGUCUUGGCAAUAGUAAAGGACGUUCAUAUCAACCAAUGUCAUCUCAAUCACGUGAAUAUUUAACAAAUUAUUACUUAUCCCACAAUCGAAUCUUGAUUAAACUUCUCAGAGAUUAUAAUUAUUCACUUCCAUCAUGUGCCGAGGGUCGCAUGGGUUAUCCGAAUGAACGAUAUGAACCAACGACGAUCGCAGCUAUGGAUCAAGAUGAUAAACGUCUGCCGCUAAUAACCGGUUUAUACGACGACGGUUUUCUCAUUGCUGGACGAGAUCGCAUUGUUGGAGCAAUCUUUUCUUUUCCACGACAAAUUGUUUGUUGGAAUGUUUUUUCAGCGGAACAAAUAACACCGGAGUCUUUAGCUUUACUCGAAGUUAUUCAGCCUCGUCCAGAAAUCUUCGUAUUGGGUUUCGGUGCCCGGACGAAUAAAGUUCUUCCGGAAACGAUAAAAUAUCUUCGUUCAUUAAAAAUUGGUUUUGAAAUUCUACCAACAACACAAGCCUGUGAGACCUACAAUUUCCUCUUAUCUGACAAUCGUCUAGCUUAUGCCGGUUUCUUUCCUCAGAACGAUCUCGUCGACCAAAGUUAUGGUUUACGGAAAGCUCUUGCACGAAGUCAAUUAUAUGAAAAAGACGAAGAAUAUAUCAAAACCGAUAUGUUAAAAGAUACAUAUGACAUCAUGAUAAAAGCUCAUCGAGAACGGAAACUACUACGACCUUAUUCACCAUUGGAACAACGCCAAUCCAGUCAACAAGAAGAAAACGAUACUCAUGUUCAGUCAGUAAUUGGUACCAGACCGACAGAGAAAAGACCAUCAAUAAAGCAAGAUAAUGACGAUCGUACAGAUAAGCAGAAGUAA